GCAGUGCAUCAGCUCUUCAUGGCCAUGGCCUGCCAGCACGCAGACUACGGCACCCUCCUCCAGGAGUUCUGCCUCGCCCGGUUCAAGGUGGACAUGGAGGCCAUCGGGAAGACGCUGUGGUGUGACUGGGGCAAGACCAUCAAGAGCUACCAAGAGCUCACGGAGUGCACUAGCGACGUGGCAGGAAAAGUGCACUGCUUCUGGCCCAGCGCGGUGGUGGACAAGCUCUUCGUCGCCGUCCACCAGCGCUACUUCAGAAACUGCUCCAUCUCUGGCAGGGCUGUGCAGGACCCGCCCGGCAGUGUCCUCUGCCCCUUCAUCGUGGUGCCCAUCCUGGUGACCCUGCUCGUGACGGUGCUGGUGGUCUGCAGGAGCAAGCGCCCCGAGGGCAUCGUGUAG